GUCGCGUCUUAACAGCUGACCAGGCGUCGCCUCUGUUUGACACUCGCGGUUCUAAAUGGCUCCCGGUAAAGCGUAUUGAGUGUGCACCCUCAACACAACCCACCCAAGGAGCGCCCGCCUCGCGACACAAUGUCUGAAAAUGAGUCUCCUUCCUCCACCGGUUUUCACCCUUUAAAUAUUGGUGUCCGGAUCGCAACGACAUCACUUCUGACCUCCCUCAGCAUCUCGCCAAGAAGGACCAGAGAACCUCGACUGGAAGGAUAUUUUUUAAAUCUACCUUUGGAGUCAAGGAGCAAAUUAUUUAAAAGAUGGGAAAGUUCCUGUUUGUUGUCGCCGCUGUUCUGGCCUCUUUCAUCGCUGCUGAAUCCCUGGUUUGCAACAAAUGCGGCUUCAGCGUGUUGGGGGUGUGCUUGAACUCAGGCGAAGUCACCUGCAGCACCAACACGAGCGUCUGCUUCACCGGAAAAGCAGUUUUCCCAUCCCUCACAUCCUUCUCAGGGUUCAACAACCAGGGCUGCCAGGACACCGCCAAAGGCUGCAACGCCACCACCUCGGCCUCCCUGCUGGGCGUCACCUACAACACCACAAUUUCCUGCUGCAGCUCAGAGAAGUGCAACCCCGUCACCAUCACCUCCGGAGCUCCAUCCACCAAGAUGGCCUUCACCGCUGCUGCCACUGUUGCCCUCCUGGCCUCCGUGUUCAGCAUGCACUGAUAUCUCCCAGCCUCUUCUGAGACUCUUAUUGUGUAUUUCUAAUAAUUCCAAACUAAAGUUGUGCAAUUAGGAAGGAGAAGUUCACACCAACUCAUGUUCAGCCACAACUCAGAGGUUGGCAUCGUGGAAGUUUAUCAAUGGGAUGUUUCAGGGAAACAUUGAGCCUGUAAAUGUACUGCGAUGUUUUUUUUUUAGGUUUAAUUGCUAUUAUUAUUAUUUUGGAAUCACAGAUGUUGUCAUCAUCAAGUAAUAUAUAUAUGAAUAAAUGUCAUCUCAGAAAAAAACAA